AUGGAGCCAAUAUACGGAACGAACAAGAAGUAUCUGCAGAGCAUUGCUGGCAGCGACUAUUACCGGAGUCCGAGUACACUGAGGCCUAUGGCCAACGAGUACGCUUCGUACCAGAACACGCUCGGGCGUCGCUCGACCCUCGUCGGUCCGUACACGCACAUGAGCAAAUACUCUUAUCCGACGGACGUGAGCCUCAGCAGCCACUACGGCUACACGUCCUGGGGGCUCUGGCGGGACAGCCGCAAUUUGUCGUCGUCACUGUACGCCAAGAAGCAGAAGAACAUCAAAUCAUUCUCCAUUCUGCUGAUGUCGGCGGCGUUCAUCGUCGUGCUGGCCGUGCUGUGCGUCGCCGGGCUGGCAUUCUACUUCAGCACGUUUAAGACGGAUUUGACCGAUUCCAUUCUUGCGUUUGAUUGCACGUUCCGGGUGGCCCGGGGCGACAUCUAUACAACGGGCUUGCGGACCAACAGCACCCCGGUCUACCGGCAGAAGACGGCGUUCUACGAAAAGCUGAUCGAUACCUCGCUCGAACGCAGCGGCCUCACCGUUUCCCGGACGGAAAUCAUGAACUUUGGUGACGGCCCGACCAUCGUGCUCAGCUUUCGGGUGUUUCUGGACAUGCGAAAGAUUAAAAUCACUAUCAAUAACGUGGAGGAGCACAUUCGCACCGCGUUCCUAAGCGAGGUGCUCAACCCGAACUCGGCCUUCAAGAGCAUACGCAUCGACCCGGACAGUAUCGAGAUCAAGCGGUUGCUCGACCAGGACGUGCUGAAGACGGCCCUUCUCACCCGGAAUGAGCCGUAUCCGCCGGCGCUGGUCAAACCGGCGGGCGGGGGAGUGGUGGAACCGGAGCAACGUCACGUCACGAAGAAGACGGGUGUAAUCGAAAAAACUAUCCACAAGUUUACGCCCCGCGUCCCGCCGGCCCCACCGGCCGGCCGUCCGCUCGACGAUAGCAAGGGCACGGUCGUGGCGGAAUCUGACAUUGACAUGGAUAAUUUACCGGUUAUACAAGGAUCGUUUGAGGUAACGAAAACAGACGCCGACAUUACGCAGAAGCGGGCGCCGGCCGGGGGAGGCGCGGAGGCGGGAAAGGCGCCCCCGGUGGCGUCGGCCACCCUCAAGCCGUUCGCCGUCAGCCCGGCCCAGAUAACGGUGCGUGGCAGCGAGCGGACGAAGGCGACCGAAAGCGUGAAGGCGGUGGUCGUUUCCGGUGGUGAUGAAAAACUGCCGCAAGCGCCAUCAACCGGUGGCGGUGUGUCGCCCCCGUUCGGCCGGUUCGGACCGGGCGGGAAGCUGAAGUACGAAACGGCAACGGCGAAGAUUGAAAAAAUGGAUAAGCACGGAGCGACGACGAAGAAAAUUAAAACAACCUCUCCCAAACCAUCGUCGAGCGGAGCCCGGCGGGCGACGACGGCCGUGCUCGGACGUACCGCGACCACGACGAGGCCCACCACGUCGACUACCACGACAACAACGACGACGACGACGACAACGACGACCGAGGCACCGCCAACGGUGGCCAGCAAAAGCCGGACACCUACGACAAGCCGGUUGACAACGCUGCGCUAUCAGGUAGUGGCAUCGAACGAAACAUCAUCAUCCGCAUCAUCCGGCGAGGAGGAGGAGGACGACCCGGAGGACGACGCCGACGAGGACGACCUGCGGCGGCACGACGAACCGUACGGGCUGGACCACCAUCUGCCGGUGAUUGGGCUGUCCGGCGAAGGUGGCGUAAAAAAUGACACACUGCUGGAGACCAUUUUUCAGGCGAUCAUUAACGACAGCAUCCCGGAGGAGUUUGCGUCGGAUCGGCGGCGUAUCGGAGGCCUCGAGCCGGACAGCAUACCGAAGCUGGACGUCAAUCUGUUCACCAGCGCACCGGUCCUCGACAAGCAGCCCUGGCAUCCGAUCAAUCCCAAUCAGCCGGAACAGCAGCAAACUCAGGAGGGUCAAGUGCAGAUACCGGUCCGCAAGAAGGCCUCACUAGCGGAGGAAAUCCUCUACCGGAACCGGCCGUCGGACAUCGAGAGCGCGCUGGCGUACACGGAAAACCCCAACGGGCACAUUUACUACCAGAGCUACACCAAUCCGAGCUUCGGCUCGUCGACGCUCGGCAUCGAGCCGCUCGGCGUAGCGGACGUCCGGCCGUAUCCGCUGCCGGUGGACAAGAUCCACGAGGAGGUAAUACCGGACUUCAAGUAUCUGACGCCGACGGCGCUGGACGCGGCGAACGAGCAGCUGCUGGGUCUACCGCUGGACGAGCAGAAGUUCGAACAUCUGGGCGACGGAGUGAUUGCAAAGAAACCGGACCAGACUCCACUCACCGCCAAUGGUGGAGAUAGUUCGGGAGUGGAUGGGGACGCGGAACUGGCUACGACUACGGCAAUGGCUAGUACCGGCAGUCCCAGCAGUGUCGCGUCCGGUGAGAGUCAAUCGUCCGACGAGAGUUCGACGGAAGUGUACUACGUGACGGAAAGCGUCCCUUCUGGGCUUUCCGGGGAGUUAAACGGUACGAUGCAUGACGUGGAGUUGGUCGAUCCCUCCAUGGAUUUGGAGUCGCGGAUCAGCCCCGACGAGGAGUCGCCGGCGACGACGGCCCUUCCCACCAUUACGACCACAACCUCCAGUUCCUCGUCCGAAGAGUCGUUGGAGCAAACAUCUACCACGACGAUGGGUGCGUCCGUAACGGAGGGGUCCAGUGAGGAGGCGGACUCCUUGGUGAGCUCCCUCGGGACCACGACGGAAGUUCCGUACGCCUCAAGCUCGGAGGAAAUGACCACCGGAAGUACGCCGGCGGAAGCAGCACUCACAACGGUGCGUGGACUCGCGGAUCAACCUUCGAGGAAUCGUCCGUCGACGACGUACGUCGAGGUGGAAACGUACAGAUACACCCCGACCGCGACCCCGCCGACGACCGCCACCCUCCCGGAGCUGUUUCCCAUCACCAAGUGGGAGUUUGUGAAUGGGACGCGUCGGACGACGGCCGAGAAGCCACCCACCAGGAAGGUGUUCAACGAAACACUCCAAGCCUUCGUGGUGGUGAAUGUCCAGCCGGAUGGCGAUGGAACCACCGCCCUACCGCGCCCGGCUAGCACCGCCAACAUCGACGCGCUCAAGAGUGACCGUGCGAACGGUACGCAGCUGCAGAACCUCUCCGACAUCUUCGACACGCUCGCCUCGAAGCUCGGCAUCCAGCCGGAGGUUUCGAGCAAAAUGCCACCGUUCUCCUCGUUUGCGAAGAUUAAGAACCAGUACCGCAACUCAGCCAACCGGACAGGCACUCGGUCAACCACCACCACCACCACCACAACCGCCCGACCGAAGCGCAGGAAGACACGUCCGACGACCGCCCGAACAACGACGCCACGGCCAACGGAGCGCUUCCCGGAGACGACACCGAUGGCACGGGUCAUUCCAACCGUCAUUAACGACGACAUUGACGACGUCGUUCCGGUCAUGCUGGAGACAUCGUCCGAGCUGGCCUCCGCCGACCUCCUCCUGCCGGCGGUCGUCGGCCAGGCGGAAGUGGAAGUAAUCGAUCCGAACCGCUACGAGGAGAUGCUCAGCUCGAUCUCGCUGGCGACCGGCCGCGUUCCGACGACCACCCCGACGGCCCCCUCCACGCUGGUCACGCUCCUGCCGGUCAAGUCGAACUCGGGCAUCCGCCAGUUUCGCCCCAAAACCAAACGACCACCAGCACCGUCCACUUCCGUCCCUCCGUCGCGCCGUCGUACGGAAGGCGAUAAAAACGAGAGCAGAAAAAUGGACGGGAUGGGCUUAAAAUUAAUGAAUGCAAAUAAAGCCAACGAUGGCGACGAUGACAGGCCAUCCCCGCAGCAACAGCAGCAGCAGCAGCAGCCGCUUCCACCAAGCGCACCGGAAAGCGGCCACCGGAGACCACCGCCGGAGCAAUCGCCACCGACGCGACGUCCGGGAAGUAAUAAAAAUAACACAAUGGUCGAAACGGUGGUGCGGGCCAGCAUGCGCUUCGAGUCGUAA